UAGGGGAAAAACCUUACAUCUGUGGAGUCUGUGGGAAGAGCUUCAUUUCUUCGGGAGAACUUACUAAACAUUUCCGGUCUCAUACAGGAGAAAGGCCAUUUGUCUGUGAAGUUUGUGGGAAUUCUUACACAGAUGUGAAAAACUUGAAGAAACAUAAGAUGAAAGCACACAGUGGAAAUGAAGAAGACGAUGAAUCGGAAGCUGUUGAUGGUACAGUCAGCAACGAGGACUCAGCCAAGAAAAGUCCAGUGCCAGACACUCUUGACCUGACGCAGUCUGAGCUGUUCUUACCACUCACACUACACAUUGGUCCGGAAGACAAUCAGAUGCUGCUGCCUGUGGCAGAUAAUCGGAGUCUUUCCUCUGAGCCUUUGUUAAGGACAUCUGUGACUAACUAUACUGAGCCACAGUUUAUAUUUUUACAGUAAAUGUACUGAG